UCUCUCUCUCGCUCUCCCUCCCCGUUGAGAUAGAGCGAGACUGUAGGCCCCUGGCCGUUUCUUUCUCUCUCCAACCUGACCUUCUUCUUUCAGCCCUGCGGUCAGAAGAAGAAUAAGGAAAAAGAGAGAUAAGGGAAGGAAAUGCGCUGCUUUUAUUUGUUGCAAUUUUAAUGUUGAUUGGUGGUUUGGCACAUUCGGAUAAUUAAAACCGAAUAUGCUUUCAUUGCGCCAACCGCUAUUCUCUUGCUCGGCGGUUCCGUGAGUUCAUUUUAUUUUGCUUCUCAGACAGGCACGCACUUUCUUCAAUUGGGUUUGUCUUUGAUAGUGGCAGAGAGACAGCCUCUCGACCCAUCUUUUGGUCUUUGAUUGACGCUUUCUUGUUUGUUUCUCAAUUUUUUACUUGUUGGGUAUCUAAAAACCAAUGGUUUGUGGGGCUUCGUAUUAAAGAAUGGGAUCCUAGAGAGAAAUCUUGUUCCUUUCUGAUCCAUGCAAUAACUGCUUUGAGCUAAAACCGUAAUAAAUUUUGGGUUUUGAUCCAUUGGGUUCUUAAAUUAUACUGUAAUCUUGUUUAUUGGUCAUCUUGGUGGUGUCAAAAUUGAAUUUUGAGGUAGUUUUGGUGGUUGUGUGGACGUACUUGGGUUAAAGUUUGUUGCUUUAAGCUUUAAAGCCUGGAGAUUUCUUGAGGCAAUCAACAGGGGUCGUAAAUUAUGAUUGAGUGUUGAGAUUUUUGUUAAUUGGGUGGUCUGAGAAAUCAAGUAUUGGAAGAUGUAUGCGGUUGGGAGGCUAGGGAGCUACAUAUCCAGAGGCGUGUACACCGUCUCUGGCCCCUUUCACCCUUUUGGUGGGGCUAUAGAUAUUAUUGUAGUUGAGCAAGAAGAUGGGAGCUUCAAAUCGUCAGCAUGGAAUGUCAAGUUUGGGAAAUUUCAAGGGGUUUUGAAGACAAAAGAGAAGGUGGUCAACAUUAAUGUGAAUGGGGAGGAUGCUAAUUUCCACAUGUAUUUGAAUCAUAAAGGGGAAGCUUACUUUCUUAGGGAGGUAGAAGAAGGGGAAGCUGUAUUGUAUCCUUCGUCUUCCAGUGAUGAGAAUGAUGAGCGAUCUCAAGAAAAGAGGCAGCCGUUGAAGACCCAAAGUUGCAAUUAUGGUGCUGAAAGUUUGGCAACAGUUGAUCAGAUUGAUACACCCAAUGGGAAGAUAUUGGCCAGGACUAAUUCCCGCAAGUCACGAAUUCUUGGGCUAUUUGGAAGCAGGUCAAUGAAGGGGCGCAAGUGUAAGGAGGAAGAGGGUGAUGAUAGCACGGUAAAUAAGGUGGAUUCUUUGGAGCGUGCAGAGUUUGCAGCCAACCUUUUGGAGGUGAAGUGGUCCACUAGUCUUGCCACUAAUAAACCCAGGAAGAAUAAUACUUCCCGUUUUUCUUCUCCCAAUAUGUUGGUUAAUGAAGAAAUGCGGAUUGAUUCUGAGCGAACCAGGGCGAGCUCAUCUCUGCCUUUGUCUAGAGUAUCUAGUGAUGUUGAUGAAUCUAUGAUUGAGGCAACUGAACAUGAUGGGAAGGCAAUUGCAGUCAUAUCUAAUAUCAGAUGUUCUGAUCCACAAAUUGUACAUUCGGUUGAGCUGGAAGCAUGUCCUGGCAAGCAUUCUGCUGAACAAAAAGAUGUUCUGUUACCUGGAUGUGACAUUUCCGAGAAGGCGGAUGGGAUAGAUAGAGUUCACUCUUUUAUUUACUGUGAAUCAUCAGAGAGCUCGGUAGUGGGAAUGGAUGGUUCCAGCGAACAAACUCAUGAAAGACUGUACAUUGCUAGAGGAGGAAGUGGGCAAGUUCAUGUUCAUGCUGAAACAGUGCAUGCCAUAGCUGAAUUUCUAUCAAAGGAUAUAGAUACUGAGAAACUUGUUGAAGAUAUUGCCAUGAAGGUGCAACCAGUGGAGGGUCCUGAAACUUAUUCUCCAGAAACAGCUGCUCAUUCAUGCACAGGUAACUAUAAUAUGGACCUUGAAGGGUCAGUGAAAGUUCCAGAAUGCUAUGAGCAAAUGGUCCAUAAAAAUCCAUUAUCUGAUUCAGUCAAAGAAGUUGAGUCACAGAGCAUAUCUAGUUUAAACGACUCUGGCCAUCAAGUUCAAGAUGAAAAAGAUAGAAAAGAUGAAGAUAUCACAUGUGAUUUACAAACCCCUUCUGGGUCUAUUAAUGGUGGUGUUGUGACAGAAGCAGCAAGUGUGCUGCCACCACUGAAAUUAGAGGAACAACAGUUCCUCUUCAGUGAUGACGAAAUCAGAAUGACCGAAGUUCAGUGCAUCAAGUCAUGUUCUCCAUCAUGUGUAGAUGGAGAAAAUAGUCUCUCAUGUAGUCCAAAAGACAAUAAAGAAUCGGUCACUACAAAUUAUGAAUCAUAUUCAUCUCCAGAAAAGUUUGUUCAAGAAAACCCCUCUAAUGAUUUUGAUAAAUCAAUUGAAAAUCUGAGGGCAACAUCGGCUGCAAUUGGUAUCCCUAGAAGACAUAAAGCUGCUGAUAAGGAAGUUGGGAGGCUGGUAGAGUCAUUACCCAAUAUGAGGCCUCAGACUGACAAGUUGAGUGUACUUGAUCUUCAGAAUCCUUUAAGCCGUUCUCUGGAUUCAAGUGCCAACCCCUUGAAGUGGAUAUAUCAAGGUAAACAUGAUUUGAUCUGUAGAAAGUUGGAAGGAGACGAAGAGCAACAGUUAGCACUAGAAAUACCUGGUAUUGAGAAUGCUCAGGGUUCAGCAGAGCUCAAAGAUAUUCCUGUCAGUCCAGUUGGAGAUCCAUCGAAUGCAAGUGUUGCCUCCACUGGAAGCUGGAUACUCUGGCCAUUCGCUUUCAGGAGAUCAAAUUCCAGUAAGGCUAUACAGCCAGAUUUGAAUGACGGUAGAAAUCCCGAUGCCGAGAAUGCUUCAGAGAGCACUGUUGGAAUGGAUGGAGAUAAGGAUAUGCUUUCACCCAAGGGGAUGAAGAAAACAGAAAGGGUACUCACUCCAACAUCUGAGCAGCUGGCGUCCUUGAACCUGAAGGAAGGGAGGAAUACAGUAACCUUCAGAUUUUCUACUGCAAUGCUGGGGAAUCAGGAGGUUGAUGCCAGAAUUUAUCUCUGGAAAUGGAACACUCGUAUCGUUAUCUCAGAUGUGGAUGGGACAAUAACCAAAUCAGAUGUUCUAGGUCAAUUCAUGCCCAUGGUUGGGGUAGAUUGGUCACAAACUGGUGUUACACAUUUGUUUUCAGCGAUUAAGGAGAACGGAUAUCAAUUACUUUUUUUGAGUGCACGUGCCAUUUCUCAGGCCUAUCACACCAGACAAUUUUUGUUCAACCUUAAGCAGGAUGGGAAGGCUUUACCAGAUGGGCCCGUUGUUAUUUCCCCAGAUGGACUUUUUCCUUCUCUAUUUCGGGAAGUUAUCAGGAGAGCUCCUCAUGAAUUCAAGAUUUCAUGCUUAGAGGAUAUAAAAUCACUCUUCCCUUCUGAUUGCAAUCCGUUCUAUGCUGGUUUUGGAAACAGAGAUACUGAUGAAUUCAGCUACCUUAAGGUUGGAAUCCCAAAAGGAAAAAUAUUCAUUAUUAAUCCCAAGGGUGAGGUUGCUGUGAAUCGCAGUAUUGACACGAGGUCAUAUACCUCCCUUCAUGCUCUUGUGAAUGGCAUGUUUCCACCCACAAACUCAUCCGAGCAGGAGGACUAUAAUUCGUGGAAUUUCUGGAAACUCCCACCGCCUGAUAUCGAUGUUUGAGGUGUUGAAGAGAGUUCAUUGCUUUCUCUAUCCCUCUCUAGAUAUGGAGACAGAUGACUUUUGUCAUAUGGUUAGUUCUAAGAUUGGUGAGACAUUUUGGUGGCAAAUCUCACAGGUCGUAUGUAGCUUGGAACUAUUGGCUAAAUGUCGUCUUUGUUUCGUUAUAGCUGGGCUGGCUUAUUUAUUGGCGACCUGAAACAAUAUAUGGAAGAUAUGCAAGGAAGAGUUGGAUAAUCAGUCUCACCUCUAUCCUGCUCCAUUUUUCUUUCUUUCUGUUAAAUCCAAUUUUGUAUAGUCUGCCCAUGAACACUUCAAUCUGAACACUUUAAUCUGCAAGUAUUAUUGGAAGUCGCAUGGGUAAAAUAGGCAUACACAUAUUUGGUGUGGAAAGUUCUCGUUUCCAAAUGUAAUAUCAUUUUCUCACAUGGGUUCCAAGUAA